CAGCUUCAUCACACAUUACAACUCAAACCUCAUCUUCUGGACUGAUAUUAAUAUAAAAAUACAACAAAAAUGGGCGUCUUCUUCUCUAACCUUCUCUCGCGUCUCUUUGAGAAAAAAGCGAUGAGGUUACUUAUGGUUGGUCUGGAUGCAGCAGGAAAAACAACAGUCCUCUACAAACUCAAACUUGGUGAAGUUGUCACAACUAUUCCGACUCUAGGUUUUAAUGUUGAAACAGUUGAAUAUAAAAACAUCUCAUUCACCGUUUGGGAUGUCGGCGGUCAGGACGUUAUCAGACGCCUCUGGAGACAUUACUAUCAGAACACUAAGGGUCUGAUCUUUGUGGUGGACAGCAGUGAUCGUGACCGGAUUGAAACAGCAGCAGAGGAACUAAAGGCGAUGCUGGCGGAGGACGAGAUGAGAGACGCGGUUCUGUUAGUUCUUGCUAACAAACAGGAUUUACCCAAAGCCAUGCCGGUCCCCGAGCUGACAGACAAACUGGGUUUACACACACUGAGAGGACGACAGUGGUUUGUUCAGGCCACAUGUGCGGUUCAAGGGUCAGGUUUAUAUGAAGGACUGGAUUGGCUCUCGGAUCAACUGUCCAGACGACCGUGAUGCUGGAACUUUACUUUGGGGUUUUUGUGGCCUGAUACUUCAACACUAACACAUCCAGUGAUUGAAUGUAACAGCCUCCAGCUGUUUAUUAUCUGAAAUGCAUUUUUGAUUUAUUAAUUGUUAAAUUAUAAAAGGCACAUUCUAUCAGUUCUAUGAGGUUACUUCUGAAAACAUGUUUUAACACACUGAAAGAAACAAACUUUGAAUGACUUCUGUUUAUGUGUUUGGUUUUAUCUGGCUUUUGAAAGAAUAAGCUGAUGUCUGCCUGAGAAUUAUAUAUGUAUAUAUGUAUGUGUGUGUGUGUGUGUGUGUGUGUGUGUGUGUGUGCGUGUGUGUGUUUCCUACCAAAUAUCUCCAAUAAAUAAUUUAUUUAUUUACAUA